AGUUUUCGACUCACCUGAGGCCGCUCCCACCGUUUGAGCUGCGCCAAGCUUGACGCUUCGGCACGGCACCGGCGCGGCGCGGCGGCGCGCGGGCAUGUCCGAGUCCGACGAGCCGGACACCUGCUACCGGUGGAGCUGCAACUUCAUCGUCGCGCACGCCGUCUUGGCCACGGGGUUCGUCACCGCGCCCGUGGCCGUCGUCCACCUCCUUAGGCGCCCGCACUCCGGCGCCGCCACGUUCUUCGCCAUGUUCGCCGUCUUCUGCGCCACCGUCAGCUCCAUCCUCUGCUGCCGCUUCUACGCCGACCUCAACCGCCCGCCCUGGCCGCGCUGGUUCUCGGCAACGGCGUCCGGCGGCCAGCAGCAGGACGACAGCGGCGGCGGCGGCGGCUUAGAGUCGACGAGGGAGUUAUCGAACGAUCUCCGGCAACCCGAGCUGCCGGUGAUGGUCCGCCUGGAGAUGCAGGCCGCCCUGGUGACGGACCGGAUCCCGACCUACGAGCACGGAGACGGCGCCGUGGACUGCGCGGUGUGCCUGGGUGAUGUCGAGAAGGGGGAGACGGUGCGGCGGCUGCCGGCGUGCCACCACGUGUUCCACCGCGAGUGCGUCGACCAGUGGCUGCGCGCGCAUGCCACGUGCCCGGUCUGCCGGAGCGGCGUUCUGCCGGAACGGCCGCCGGAGUUCUUGGUGAGCGUCGAAGCAGUCCAUGUGCAGCCCGGGCUGGUGAUCCCAGCACGGGCCAACAUUAUGCUCCCGGGCCAACAACCCGGUAUCGGGCUAUGGUUUGGGCCGGCGUCACGCCUGAAUUAAGAGCUUGUAGAUCACAUACGGGAUGUAUGAGAUUGAGAGGUGUAAAUUAUGGGUCUGUUUGGUUUGGUUAGGCUGUAAUCAGCGAAAAAGCUGAUGUGGGCUGUGUGAGCUGUAGGAAAUUCGUUGUAGGAAAUCCGUUGUGAACUGUGUGCUGUGAAAAAACUAAAAGUUGGUUGAAAUAGAUUGUAGGUUUAGUAUGAAAUGUCUGCAAUACCCCUGAAGG